AUGAAGUCAUCUUCCCAUCUGACUCGAGCCGUCUUUCGAGCUCUGGUCGCCAGUCGACCGUACGUCUCACGAGAAUGUCUACGCCGAUCUCCUUCAGUCCUAUCGCCUCCAGCCCAUAUUACCCCCUCGGUCGCAUUCCAGCAGCGGAGGACAUUUCUAGAAUCUCUGCUCGGAGACGACAAGCGCACAAGAAGCCUUGCUGGUCCUAAACAAUCAAUCAAAGAUUUCGAUGCCGCAGUUGGCAAGCUGGUUGAUUUACUUCGUGCCCGUCGAUCUCGCUCGAGGACGCCUGCCCACGAUGAAUUGACCGAAGCCCUGAGGUCUUUGCUGAAGACUCGUCACCAGCAGAACCAGCCUUUAACGAGAAAUGAGGUCUACCUGGCCACCGAAACAUACAAGCACUUGCAAGAAAGAGACUUGAUUCUCACUGAGGACCCCGAAAGCCUACUUGAGCAGGAUCUGCUUCUUAUCCUUGACACCUUGGCCAUUCCUGCCCCUAAAGAGCGCUUCAGAGGCGACAUCAGAGCCCUUGCCGAGUUGGUCGUGGUGGAGGCCAAAAAAACUGCUCCUCUACCACCGGACUUCGAAAAUGCCUAUAUCACCAUCCUGGCCACUACUGGCUCAGCACUCGAGGCCAGAGACCACGCUUUAUCCACAUCCUGGCCGCCAGACAGGAACCUCAUCUUGAAUAUUCUGAAAGGUCUGAUCUCCGAAGCCAGAGAUGCUGAUUUCUGGUCGCUGCUGGAGAAAUGGGAGCUCCACUUCGAUGGCCUCGAUAGUGACAUGCAUGAGGCUUUGGUACUUGCCUUUGUCCAAGCCGAUCGUGUCUUUGAUGCCCAGCGUCUUUUCGACAAGACCGUCCUCCCUAAUAACGAGCCUACCACCGAGUGUAUCCGUCAGAUGUUGGAGUUUCUUACCAGAUACGGCAAGUUGAACUCGGCUGAAGAACUCGCCAACAUGCUCACCGACAGACCUCGUGACGAGAGUGUAAUCAGCUCCUUGAUCCUCUGGCAUACUGCAAAGGAUCGUCGCUUCGAGCACUUGCGUCAACUGGUUCAUGCUCUCCUGCAGUCCAGUCAUGUCAAUAUCUCAAUGAACACUUUCAAUCACGCCAUCGAAUAUGCUCUCACCUGCAACAACCCCACUCUUGCUCAAGCCAUUCAAGAGCUGGCUACCGCUGAAGGAUUUCAGCCUGAUGGAAAAACCUAUGCCUUACGACUCCAGCAUGCUGUCGAUCGGGUAGCGCUGGAAGAGGCUCGUGCUCUCUACGAACAACUGGUGCGGGAGGAUAUUCCCACUGAUAAUUUCGACCUGAAAGUUCUGAACAAGUAUCUGACAGUGCUAUGCUUUUCUCACAGACCAUCGUAUGAGCUCACCAUGCGAGUGACCGACAAUCUUCUCGACCGUGGUGCCGAGCUGGACGUCGAUGCCAUUUCUGGUUUGUGCCAUACCUUCCUUCAGCGGGGCGACAUUGACGAUGCUGUGAGUUUGUUACGACAUCGCAUUGACUACCUGCCAGUGCCGGACAGAGUCCGCAUCGCCAAGGUAUUCCAAAGCUUUAUAGUUGACCCCAACAUCAACCCUCAACGCGCCUUCAAUGCCUACGAGCUAUUCCGCAUUGCUUUUCCCGAGACCUCUUGUCACGAACGUCUGCCCAUCAUGCAGUCCUUCUUUGAUCGAAAGCGCGCCGACCUCGCAUGUCAAGUCUUCGCGCACAUGCGCGAAGCAGACCCUGCGGACCCGCCCAGACCUGAUGCAUUGGCCUAUACGAAAUGCUUCGAAGGUAUUGCACAGUGUCGUGACGUCGACGGCCUGCAAAGUGUCUACAAUAUGCUCAAGCUUGAUCUGCAAGUUGAGCUCACAACCAGGAUACGAAAUGGCAUCAUGCUCGCCCAUAUUGCCUGCCAGACCCCUUGGUCAGCCAUUAUCGAUCAUUUCUACAAGAUCAUGGACUCACGUGAGGGACCCAGCUAUAGCACUUUUGAAGUAGCCCUGCGGGCUUGUGAGACGUGGCCGCCAUACGGCUCAUUCGAGGCCAGGAAAAUCAUCGCUGUUAUGCAAAGCUGGAAUCUCGAGAUCACGAAACCACUCUACGAUAACUAUGUCGGUGUACUAGCAGGUCAGUGUGAGUUUGAGAAUACUGUGGAAUUGAUUGAGAAUAUGGAAAACGACAUUGGAGAACCACCAGAUGCUUUCACAAUUGGCACGUUUUACAAUGCUAUCCCUUGGCAAUUUCGGAAGGAUGAAGUUGAGAAGUGGGCUAAGCAAGCAUAUCCAGAUUUGUGGGCCGAACUUGUUAGCUAUGGAGAAGAGAUUGACGAAGAAUGGGAUGUGAGAUAUUUCAGGAUAGAUCGAUCUAUCGACAUCGAUGACCCGCCACUCUUUGCCGCAGGUGAAUGGAAGCCAGAAUUACAGAGAAAGGUUCAGGCACAGAUCGAACCUCUUCCGGUCAUGACUUGA